AUGGAGCAGAACAAUAAAGUGAGUUUGACUAAGUCCAAACCCUCAAGGGAGAUGAGUUGCCGAAAGUUUAGGGAAUAUCAUUCCAAGUCAAUUAGGCAAAGCAGUGACCUUCAGAAAUCUCUAACCUCAAUGGACGAACUCUCAGUAACUAAAGAAUGGAAAUUAAAGGAAUGGAUAAGAAAAGACGAAUAUUUAUGGGGCUUCAAGUACCCGAAAGCCUCAGGAGAACAAUGUACGUCAAACAAGAAAUAUUGUUAUCCGCAUCUCACGAAACAGGGCACUCCAAGAUGGGGGGAUUUGGACCACUGGAUCGGGACAAAAAUGUUUCAGAGUGCUAAAUACAAAUGGGGAGACAAUAUUGAUCCAGAAGUCUGGACAGGAAUCGGGGGCUCAGGGGGACAGGACAAGCUGACGUGGGGGGAUAUCGUUAAUAAAGUUUUGAAUGAGAUAGAGGCACAAAGCAGAAAUCAGUCAAGUGUACCAGAAGGUUCACUAAUCUGGGAUAAAGAAGAAUGGGCAAGCGCAUUAGGGGCACUAGGAGCCCCAACGGAGCCGUUGGAUCAAUUUGAGGAAGGCAGAAGGAUGUUAUUAAUGAUAAUGUGUAUAAUAACAGGUUUGAUAGAAGGGAAGGAAAGAAACGGCCGGAUUUUUGAGAGGAGAGGAAGAGUGUGUAGUUUAAUAGAUACUGGUCUGGAGUUUAAGAGGGAGAAUUGGGACCAAUGGAUAGAAAAUAAAGGGAAUGUAAGAGCCACAAAGGAGCAUCCAUGUUCGAGAACCCGAGGAACUGACGGAUGCCAGUUGGCCGGGCUAGCUUUAAUCUUGAGUGUGUACAAGUCAAUGGCAAGAGUAUGCGGAGAGUGUGGACCGUAUAGACUGACUUAUUGGAUAAGAGCAGAUAAUGAAGAGCUUGAGGAUGAUCAGAUAGAGUUUUGUUCUAAGAUUGAAGAGGGAAAUAAUUGUGACAAUUCAAAGGAGGAGCCAAAGACGCCCCAAGUGAUAAUAGUAAAGCACAAGAAGAUGGAAGCAGUGACGAGGCAGAGAGUAUUUGAAAGCAGCGCCUUACUGUAUGAACAGCUUCGGAAAAAUUCAAGUGGAGCGAUGGAGACUGGAAAACUAGUACAGGUUACAGGACGCGAGAAUAAUAGUGUAGACAGUUCGGAAGCAAGUGGAAAUGAUGAUCAUUCCCCCGUGACAACAGCGGAGUCUAACUUGACCAGGGAAUGCUGUGCCUCCACAAUCAUAACUAAUCAGCAAAGCCUAGUCCAGGAGGAUGAGAUGAGCAGAAUGGUGACCAAAAAUGAGUCGGACCUCCAGCCCAACAUUGCAGACUCCUUAAGUCACCCUAAGGUUGAUGAGAGCACAGACCAGAUUCCAAAGGAGUGCAACGAUUCCCCACCCCAGGGGGGUCUUGGACAAGAUCCAGAAAGGGGGUCAAAGGAGUCAGGAAGUGGUAUGGGUAACAGGGGAGUGCUUUUGGAAAUUGGGGGCGGCUGGUGGUUAAUCAUAGGUUUGGCAGGUGUCCUCUGCUUAGCAUUUGGGAGUGCUUAUGGUUUAUGGAGAGUCUUUAGGAGUGAUAGAAGGAAGCAAAAAUCCCAAUUGCCAAGUGGACGGGGCGAUAACUAUGGCGUUGCGUAUGGAUCAGCGAGCGUGUAG